AUGAGCGCAACCAAAGACGUGGCCGCGUCGCAAGGACAGAAACGCAAACGAGAAGAGAAGGAUGUGACCAACAAGAAGACACAAAGCGACAAACCAAUAUACAAAAACCUGCAACUUGCCGAAAAGCCUGUAUACAAAAACUUGCAGAUUGCCGAGGCGCUCAAGACGCAGUUCAGAACAAAGAAGCAGCGCAUCGACAAGUCACAAAAGAACGAGAAGCCAAAAUUCAAGAACCUCCAGAUUGCCGAAUCGCAAAAGACAGUAUCUAAAGAGGCACGAAACGACAAGGUGCAGAGAGACGAGUCGCAAGAGCAUGAAAAUGGAGUCAAGAGACCACACAAUCCACCGAAUGCUCGCCAGAACAAAUUGCUACAGGUCCGCCAGAGUCUGCCUAUCUGGCCGCAAGCUGCCAACAUUCGCAAUGCCCUCCUCGAGAACCACGUCCUGAUUCUUGCCGGUGAGACUGGUAGUGGUAAAUCGACCCAGGUUCCUCAGUUUCUUCACACUUCUGCCUGGUGCACUGGACGUAUCGCCGUCACUCAGCCCCGUCGUGUCGCCGCUGUCUCGCUUGCCCGUCGUGUCGCCGAAGAGAUGGGCACUCCCCUCGGAAAGAGCCCACAAGCCCUUGUUGGUUACAACGUGCGUUUCGACGACAAUGUUGGAAAGAACAACAGAAUCAAGUUCCUCACCGAGGGAAUGUUGUUGCAAGAGAUGUUGAGAGACCCUGCCUUGGCCGAAUACAGCUGUGUCGUGGUCGAUGAAGUCCACGAACGAAGUGUCAAUGUAGAUUUGCUCUUAGGUUUCCUUUGUGGUCUCGUGACCGGCACGAGCGAAGCGGCUAAAAAGCGCAAAGGGAAGCCUCUCAAGGUUGUUGUAAUGAGUGCUACAGCAGAUACUGAAAAGUUGAAGGACUUCUUCAGCGAAGGCUUCGGGCAGCCUCGUGAAUUACAACAGCCAUCUGUUCCAAGCUCAAACAAAAUUUCAACAUGUUUUGUUGAGGGUAGGAUGUAUCCUGUACAAACAGAGUAUCUUUCUGAGCCCACACGAGACUUCUCUGAAGCAGCUUUGUUGCAGAUUUUCCAGAUCCACCGUAAGGAGCCCAUGCCUGGAGACAUCCUGGUCUUCCUUACUGGCGGAGACGUCAUCACGAACCUGCAGCAAGCAAUUGAAGACAUGAUACCGAACGCUAUUUUCUCAUCUGCUCCUCCAAACACACGCAAAGUAAUUUUGGCGACCAACAUUGCCGAAACCUCGAUUACGGUACCUGGUGUUCGUUUCGUUAUUGACAGUGGGAAGGCCAAAAUCAAGCAAUUCCGCAAUCGUCUUGGCCUUGACUCACUUCUUGUCAAGGACAUAUCCAAGUCUUCCGCUAUUCAACGUCAAGGUCGUGCAGGAAGAGAGGCAGCCGGAAAAUGUUUCCGUCUGUACACAAAGUCAAACUUUGAGGCUCUAGAGAAGGACACCGUCCCAGAGAUUCUGCGAUGCGACUUGAGUUCGGCAGUGCUCACCAUGAAGGCGAGAGGUGUUCAUGAUGUUAUGGAUUUCCCGCUUCUGACUCGUCCAUCGAGAGAGGCAAUGGAGCGUGCUUUAUUGCAAUUGCUCCAACUUGAUGCUUUGAAUCCUGAAGAUGGAAACAUAAGUGACCUGGGUCGUAAGAUUGCAAGACUACCAUUGACCCCAGCUCAUGGAAGAACAAUCAUAGCAGCCGCCGAUCCGGAGAUGGGGUGUCUACUACCUGUGAUCGACAUUGUAGCCUGUUUCAACUCCGAAAACAUUUUCCUCGAAGUUAAGGACCAAGAUGCGAACGAUGAGGCCAGAGAAGCACGCAACAAACUCUCGCGCCGCCAAGGAGAUCAUUUGACUCUUCUCAGCGCCGUACAAGCCUACGCUUCAGAACGAACCGACCGUAAGCAAUGGGCCAAGCAACACCUGGUCUCGCACCGCUCUAUGCAAAACGUUAUGGAUGUCCGCAAACAACUCCGCGCCCAAUGCCAACAAGCCAAACUCCUCACGAAAGAACAACUCGCCACCGCCGACGAUGAUGAUGACCUCAAUACCAUUUCAGAGUCCACUGGAAACAACAUCUUGAAGUGUUUCCUGCGCGGAUUUCCCGCCAAUGUCGCCAGAUUGGUGCCUGAUGGCAGUUACAGAACAAUCCACGGGCACAUGGCUGUGGCCAUUCAUCCCAGCAGUGUCUUGUACGGCAGAAAGCUUGAAGCUAUCUUGUACAAUGAGUUUGUAUAUACCAACAGGACGUAUGCUCGCAGUGUCAGUGCUAUACAGAUGAAUUGGCUGGAGGAGGUAUAUGCGGCACCGGCAUAA